GAUCACUUCUAAUGUCAAUGAGCACAUGUUGAAAUGUCGGUUUCCAAUUUGAAAUUCGAAGUACUUUUCAGACCUACCACUAUGUCAUUGCAUAUGAAUCGUUCGCAUCCAUCUAUCAAACGAAAUAAAAUUUGGCUACUCCAGUUCAUAUCACUAAUGACGCUUACGGCAUUUUGUGCUACUGGACUAAUCACGUCCUUAUUAUUCCACGAUUUAAAAUUUGGUAAAUACAUGGAAGCAAGCAAGAAUGGAACUAUAGCUAUGCUGUCAUUUACAACCACUUUUAAAUACAGUCUUUUGCUUUAUUUACAAAAAUCUCUCAACCGUCUCUUUGCAAAAAUUGACAUGGAUUACGAAAUCGCAAAAGGCUUAACACCUCAGGAAAAGGCUACAGUGCUAAAUUAUGCUAAAAAGGGAGUCAUUGUGAGCAAAUUCUGGUUGUUCACAGCAUUUGCAAUAACAUUUUGUUUUCCCCUAAAGGCUUUUAUUAUUAUGGGUUACCGAUUCUUUAUCAAAAACGAAUUUCGGCUAGAGCCAAUGUUUGACAUGACAUACCCAGAACCUAUAGAAAGUUACAAAACUUCGUUUCCUGUUUACUUUAUUCUAUUUGUCGUGUUUUUUUUAUUUGGUUGUUAUGCUUCAAGUUUGUUUGUGGCAUUUGAUCCUCUAGUGCCUAUCUUCGUGUUACAUGCUUGUGGACAACUUGAUUUACUUAGCCUAAGAAUCACUAAACUGUUUUCGGACACAAAAAACCCGAGAAUUAUUGCCAAGGAAUUGAAAGUGAUAAUAUCCAAGCUGCAGGAGCUGUACGGCUUUGUGAAUUUCAUCAAGGUCAACUUUUCUAUUUUAUAUGAAUAUAAUAUGAAAAUUACCACAAUCUCAAUGCCACUAAGUGCUUUUCAAGUUGUAGAGAGUCUGCGGCGGGGAGAAUUUAAUAUAGAGUUUACAUACUUCUUUUUUGGAUGUAUACUUCACUUUUUUAUGCCAUGCUAUUACAGCAAUCUUCUUAUGGAAAGGAGUGAGAAUUUUCGAUUCGCCAUAUAUUCAUGCGGUUGGGAAAACCAUAAUGAUAAAAAUAUUCGACAAAUGCUGUUGUUCAUGUUAACCAGAGCCACAGAACCGCUCGGUAUAGCUACCGUAUUUACCAACAUUUCUCUCGACACAUUUGCCGAGAUGUGUCGUCAGUCCUACACUAUCUUUAACUUAAUGAACGCUGCCUGGGCUUAAGUGCAAAUUAACAUUUUAUUAAAAGCAUCAGAUUGUUUAUAAAAUACAUAUUGUAGACUUUCUAGAUUCGUUUUACGUUAUUUAAAGAACACAACACUAU